AUGUCUGGCGGUGUCGACUCGUCGGUUGCAGCUAGAUUAUUAGCAGAACAAGAUUUUGAUCUUUCCGCCGUAUUCAUGCGUAACUGGGACACUCGCGAUGAAAGUGGCACAGACGAGGGCUGUGAGUGGAAAAGGGACUGGGAAGACGUGCAACGCGUGUGUAAGGUCCUGGAUAUUCCAUGCCGAAUGAUCGAUCUAUCGCGUGAAUACUGGAAUCGGGUGUUCGAACCGUCGCUGAACAUCUGGGAAGCUGGCCGGACACCCAACCCUGAUGUAUGGUGCAAUAGAGAAAUCAAGUUUGGUGCACUGUUUGAGCGGCUGCCUAUGGAGGACGAAAAGGCUUGGUUCGCCACAGGUCACUACGCACGCAAAACCUGGUGCAAUCAUCCUCGCCCACGACCACAACUUCGCUGUGCCAAGGAUCCCAUCAAGGACCAGUCCUACUACCUGUCGUCCAUCUCCGAGCAGAGCCUCGCUCGAACUCUCUUUCCAAUCGGUGAUUUCACAAAAGCACAAGUGCGCGAUCUGGCUAAGAAAUACGAUUUACCGACUGCAGAACGACCUGAGAGCAUGGGGCUCUGUUUCAUUGGCGAGAAAACUCGAUUCCGGGAUUUCCUCUCUUCGUACCUUCCUCCCAAUCCUGGUCCUAUCUGUGACCAUGUCACCCAGAAGCGGGUAGGCACGCACCAAGGUCUUUGGUCCUACACUGUUGGUCAGAAAGCCAGGAUACCGGGAAUGUCUGAAAAGUUAUUCGUGUCUGGUAAAGAUGAAAAUGCGAACAUCAUUUUCGUCGUCCCCGGGGGGGACCAUCCUCUAUUAUUAAGGAAUACGUAUCGGCCAGUAGGAUGGAAGACGAUCUGGGCAGAUUCACCGAUUCCUGGAGAGGCAUUCCGCGGGAUGACGAAAAUUCGACACCGUCAACCGUUGGUUCCCUGUACCGUAUCUUGUGACGAGCACGGACUUUUGAUUACGACAGACAUCCCUCAGAAAGGCGUCGCUACUGGCCAAGUAAUUGCUGUUUGGGACGGUGAUUGGUGCCUGGGUUGCGGGCUUGUCAGCUCUACAUCUUAUGUAGGAGAGCUCCGCCUGCAGGAGCGGGCAUCCGCAUCCUCUUCCGAAGAGAAGAGCGGAAAUUACACCGAGAGAAUGGAGUCUCGAUAUGUACCACCUAAACGAAGCAGUCCCAAGUGCCAGUUCCCAUCAUCUUCACGGCUUUCCUAUGGCUGA